UGACACCUAGAUAGACGUGGGACAGAGGAGCCGGACAGCCUCUCUCGGACAGAGGAUCCGGAGCCUUAGGAAACAUCACCGUUCUCUUCAGUAAAGCAUCGCACGCCUCUCACGCGAAAAUUCAAAUUCAGACAGCGCCAAAAUAAAACCAUCACCACCCAAUCCCUACCUGGCACGCGUCCCCUCUAACGUCCCAAUUUCAAACAACCCCAUCUCUCUCUCUCUCUCUCUCUCUCUCUCUCUCCCCUCUUACACAAACCCUAGAAUCUAGAAAUGCUCCUUCUCCUCUGAAAUUCCAUCUCUCUUCUCUCUCUCUACUCACACCAACAACUCCGAAACAGCAACAAUGGCUUCACGAUACGCCACCACCAACUCCUCCUCCUUCGACUCUCGCUCCUCGACCCAAUCCUGCUCCUCCACCGACCUCACCAACCCCAACAGAUCCGCCCUCAAACGCCUCAUCAUGACUGGCUCCACCUCGCGCCGGGCCCACCACCCUCCCGCUCCUCCGGCUCAGCCCUCGUCCGCCAUGGCUCCAGUCAAGCCGAAGAACGAGCAGAACUUGACCGCGAUGGUGAAGAGGUUGAUGGCGAAGCAGAAGAGGGCCGCGGGGAAUGGUAAUCUGGUGAUACCGGCGGAUUUUAUAGCGGAGGAUUUGAAGAAGGUCGGGAGGAAGGAGUCGAAUUUUGCGGGGUUGCACAGGAAGUUGUUUAGUGGUGGUGGGAAGGGGAGGGGGGAUGUGGGGAGUGGUGAGAAGAAGUUGGCGUUGACGGAGGUGAAGGCGAACACAAGGAGCUUGGCGAUGGUGCUGAGGAGUGAGAGGGAGCUGUUGAGCCAGUGUAAGGACCAGGAGGGGGAGAUUGAUGAGCUCAAGUUGGUUGUUGAGGAGAAAAACAGGGAGGUUGAGAAAUUGAAGGAUUUGUGUUUGAAGCAAAGGGAAGAGAUAAAAGCAUUGAAGAGUGCCAUACUGUUCCCAGAUGUCAUGAAUUCACAACUUCAGGAGCUUUUGGAGAAGCAAGGGUCAGAACUAAAGCAGGCAAAACAACUCAUCCCUAGUCUCCAGGAACAGGUCACCUCUCUUACCGGCCAACUUCAAUGGCUCGCUGAGGAUCUUAAAGAGGUGAAGGCAGAUAAAUAUUCAAUGAGGGGGUGUUAUGAUGCUCAUGUCAGCUCUCCAGAGACACCACGAGAUGAUCACGAAGAAGCUGUUAAUUCUCUGGAAUUCAGCUCUGGGUAUCACACCACUCCUGGCACUCCAGAUGACAUGUUCGUCAAGGAUUUAAAUCCGUGUUUAACACCAUAUUAUGCUACUGCAAAAUCCAAGGAAUUUGAGGCAAUGGAAUAUAGCCCUCCACAAGAUCGAUUCUUGAGAAAAAAUAUGCAGUUGAGCCAUGAGAAUGGUUUGGACUCCUGUGUCGGGAAAUUGUCAAAAAGUUCAGAUUGUUGCCAUUGUCACAACUCAGGGAAGACUUCUGCUGAAGCAACUCACAGAUCAGAUGAAAUCAAAUGCACAUAUGGAAAGAAGAUGAACCAAUUAUUUUUAUGAGUUGCUAUCUGGCAGUCAUUGAGUUUGGCCAACAAUAACAUUUUGUUGUGUCACCCCCGCUGUCCUUUUGCCAGAUUGUGUUCCUUAAUUUUGGUCAGCAUUAUAUUGUUAUUAUAUAGUAUGAUUAAACAUGUACUGGCCAAUAUGUUGUCUUUUUUUUCAGUAAUAUAACGGGUUAAAAUUGCUCUGCA